CAGAGACCUGCGGGCAUGGGCCGCGCCGCCGCCUGCUCCCCGGGUCGUCGCGGGCAGCGGCGCCGGUUGCCGGCCGGGCGACGGCGCCGAGCCCCUCGAAGGCGGAGGGCUCGGAUAUGCCGUCGCAGGAGGGCGCGCCCCCGGCGGAGGAGGCCAGCUCCUGAGAGCCCUGGGCUAGCGGGACCCCCGACCGGGGAGAGCGGCUGCGCCACUGAAUCCCAAGACCCGUGCGCGUCCCGCGACGACUGGCGCUGUGCUCGCUCCAUGCACGAAUUCUCAGCCAAGGACAUCGACGGGCGCAUGGUUAACCUGGACAAGUACCGGGGCCACGUGUGCAUCGUCACCAAUGUGGCCUCGCAAUGAGGCAAGACUGAAGUAAACUACACUCAGCUGGUCGACCUGCACGCCCGAUACGCCGAGUGUGGUUUACGGAUCCUGGCCUUCCCUUGCAACCAGUUUGGGAGGCAGGAGCCAGGGAGUAAUGCGGAGAUCAAAGAGUUUGCCGCUGGCUAUAACGUCAAAUUCGAUAUGUUCAGCAAGAUCUGUGUAAAUGGGGACGAUGCCCACCCUCUGUGGAAAUGGAUGAAAGUCCAGCCCAAGGGGAGGGGCAUGCUGGGAAACGCCAUCAAAUGGAACUUCACCAAGUUCCUCAUUGACAAGAAUGGCUGUGUGGUGAAGCGGUAUGGUCCCAUGGAAGAGCCCCUGGUAGGUGCCUGUCCGGGGAGCCCGCUGGGGGGACUCAGGAAAAGGCGCCCCUCACCUCCUUCUCCCCCGCAGGUGAUAGAGAAGGACCUGCCAUGCUACCUCUAGCUCCACAAGGUGCUGCCCCUACCCAAACCUGCUGCCUGUGUUCCGAGGAGCCUUCCCCCGGUGCCUAUGACGGUCUGUCUGAAAACCAGCCCCUGGUGGGGCAGACCCGAGAACCUGGCGUGCACUCCUGCCGGAGGAAGGUCCCUUGGCCUGGCUGUGGCUUGGCAACCCCACCCCUGGCUGCCUUGUGGGAAUAAAAUGUACAACACAACACA